UCCAGGUCCAGUGCCUCAAUCGUCCUGCCCGGGCCUGCUGCCGGCCAGCCGAUCUAAUUGAUUGACAGACGUUACCCCCUUAUGACCACUUCUCCGAUUUGACCACUGUGCAGCGGAGAGUUCGCACGUGAUGCAGCCUCAACGACUCGAACUUGACCUCAACCAUCAUCAACUGCCAGGAGCAUCCAAGGAUGUCCUUCCGUAGCCCUGGGCUUGUAUCGUUUGCUGGCCUUUCGUGUGCCUCCGCCGCAAGCUUUUGGCACUCGACAACGCCUCCAUUGCUGCUCUCGUUCGCCAUCUGAGCGCGAUGAGAUUCGACAUGCAUCGAGAAGAACUCGCUUGCGUCUGCGUCUUCACGUCCAUCGUGUCUUCCCACAGAAGACCCUCCGACUCCUUGGACACUCCCUUGACCCGGCUCUCCGCUGAUGGAGUCCCGUUCCGGCUGUCCUCGGUCGGUGUGCGAAAUCCAGCGCCGAGCUUGCCACGCGGAUCGGCCGAACGCUCGUAGGGGACCUGGAUGGAUGGAGGCGCUGCGCUCGUCGCUCGAGAUGGGUUGCGCUAUACCUGUCUGGGCGCGUCCUUGUGUGUUUCAGUGGGUAGCUGAACGUGCCUGCUCGGGGGCAUGAGGGACAGAGCCUGCGUUUUCGGGCCUCCGAGUGAAUUAGGAGAGAACGUCAUGCUGGAAUCCAAAUCACUUUCGACUUUCUUCGAGUGGGGAUGGACUGCUUUGGUCGUGGAGGGCAUAUAUCGCCCGUUCACAGCGCAUGUCGACUUGUGUUCGACCAGCUUCAGCCUGCGAUGGAACGUCACCACGCGCUACGUCUUCUGCCCAGCUCAGGGUGGAUGGAUUCGACUUCAAGUGCGCCCAAAUGCCUGCUCGGUUGGGCAACAACUGCAGCGUGAAACACGUACGAUGUGCUGCACGAAAGAAAGCAGAGGUUCAUUCGAGUGCUGCUAUCGAAUGUCUUCACUGUCCUCAUCCUUGUUCUCAAACAACUUCGGGUCCGACUUUCGUUGUCAUCGGCGGAAACUCCGAUCCUCAUACUUGCAAUUGGACGAAACAGCCUCCGCAGCUCUCCCGUGACGGAUCAUCACCACGUUCCACAACUUCUACGGCAGAGUCUCCAGGUCGAGAAUCGUGUCACAUCGCCUAAUGUUUCGCUGCUCUCCGUGGAGAAGAAUCGCAUCGGCCUGGACGCUCACGUACGAGACCUGUCACGAGACCCUCCUGUGGUCUGUGUUCUACGAGUCUCGAAUGCUCCUUCCGAUGCCGACGAUCCAUCUUCGUCUCACUUUUCUUUCGCAAAUCUAGCACUACUGCCCCCGUCGUCAUCUUUUGGGGCCGGUCGCGCCACAUCUGACGUUGUCGGACCACUGCUUUUUGACCAUGCACGUGCAUGCUCCUCAUGGCGGCUGCAAGACUUGCAUGGAGUAUUCAGGAGAGAUUGGUCAAGCCCGAGAACGUGUGGGGCGGAGGAGGACAGUUGCCGGUGCGCCCGGCUACGUUCGACUGCAGUUAGCACCGCUGACGCGGACGUUCCAGCAUGAGCGAACGAGCUUGAAUGACCGACUCGGCCGACUUGAUGUCAUCCGGCCGGCCACCGAUGACCCAAAUGGCCCGAAUUUUCUGGAUCAUGACGUCAUUCUUGCAAAUCAUUUCCUAGUUUUGACUCCCUAGAUCCGUCCAUCAUGCCAUGCCCAGUCAUAAAAGGAGCUAGUGGUCUUCAUUUCUUCCACUUUUCAUCGUCUCAUCCUCAAGGACACUACAUCACCUAUCCGAAACAUGACCGAUCGCUCGACUUCUCGUGGACGGGAGCCUGUGACUUCUUCCGGGCGCGGUGGACUGGGCAACAUGCGCCCCUCCUCAAUGUCGCUCGAGCGUCCCACCACAGGCCCUGAUGACUUUUCUGACACCCGUGGCCGCGAGCCUCCCGUCUCCAUUUCGGAAAUCCGCUCCACUGGCCGGGGCGGUGCAGGCAACUUCCGCUCUCCCUCGCGCGAACCACGGGAUAACCAAGACGUCCGUGUCCCUGCUGAGCGCGAAAUCAUCAAGGCGCAUGAAGAGCUGGAGCAGAAUGCGCUGUUCUCAACCGGCCGGGGCGGGGCAGGAAACAUGAGCCGGUCGCGUUCGCGAGGACCCGAGGGUCUAGCUUCCCCGCCCCAUUCCGCUGUCCCUGUAUUGCACUCGAGUGGGCGAGGUGGGGCGGGGAACUUUGCGCCGGGACCGGCGCCAGUUUUUGAGAGAGGACGCGCACCGGUGCCCGAAGGAGUGUGCGUUCCCUACUCUGGCGAUCUUGGUCGCGCGGUGGCUUACGCGAUCUUGCAGGCAUUCGACGGGCCGCGGUGGUCUAGCGAAUCUGACAACUUCUCCCAGCUCCAGUCCCGCUCGGAGGGCGGUUCGUGCACACCAGGAGCCGGGCGAGUAUCAGCGCUCCGGACGUGGCGGUGCGGGCAACACCCGAGAUCGCAGCUCCAGUGCGGGCCGUGAGCGCAGUGCCAGCAAGGAUCGCCUCGCUGGACUGUGGAGCAAGAUCUCGCAUUCGCAUCCGGAGACGAUACACGAAGACGGCCAGUCUGGGCCUGGAGGUCUGCUCGGCGGUAUCGGCUACGGCGCAGCCGGUGGAGCGCGCCCUCCGCUGUAACUUCUCGUGGUGCUUGCGGAGCCUGUGAACGACCAUCACAUCCAUAUGACAAAAGUACAUACGCUCACAUAUCAUACUACAAAAGUACCCUAUAUCUUCGACGUAAACAACCUACCGUUUGCGUAGUCAGUAGCCUAGAGUAGGAUGUAACAUCCCUCGCUCCAGUCAACAUCGCAGGCCUUGAAGAGAAAUGAUAGGGACUGACACUAAGGCACCGAUCGGCAGUCAGACCCAUGUGACUCAGCACGAUUACCUCCUGUCAAUUUUCUCCCCCGCGCCCACUCUCCGUUGCCCGACCUUGGCGUCUUUCUGGUAUUAUCUGGAACUUCAGAAACCCUCAUUAAGUCGACCUCAACGUCUAAAUUGUCAAUCGUGGAGGCACCACCUUCAAAAUCGAUGCCAGCUCAUCAAACUCGCUUUCGCGCCUACGCCCAUCCACGCACUAUCCGCAAGCCGGAGCGUCAGAGGAGAGCGCGUUUACGACUCUACUGGGAUCUAAAAAACUGCAUAAUAGCAUUUUCUGGCCGACCUCUUUCGCCCACUCUUCAUUCGAGUUCGUGGGGGUCAUUUACUUCCCGAUGCUUAUCAGUCCUUGGAACCUCCAGCGUCAAACUCUAGCGCGUCUCUUGAGCCUCAUAGGCUACAAAGACACUCUGGAUAAAUGCUGAAUUUGCUUGGUUUCGCAACCUAGAUGACGGGAUCUGACCACAUCUCAGCUUUGGAGUGUACUGGAAUACGUGGCCCAUGCACUUCCGGAGGACCGAUCGUUCUUGGAAUUCUCACUUUCAAGCUCUUAGGCGUCCUUGGAGUCAUACACGCUAUGGGUCUCCCUCAAACACCCUCUGAGUGACGAUCUUUCCGACUUUCCUUGUUAGGCCCGACUUUGUCUUAUCUCUCGCGCAAACUGCAUGCCUGCCCCGAAGCUGCUUGACAUGAAGAUUCUACUUGGCUGUGAUCGGUGGUCCUACUCUCGAUAGUAACUGACAUCGUCGCUCCUUGUCCUGCCAAGGUACACAAAAGGCAAAAGACGGAUGGUCAAAGCGCACGGGCCACUCGAGGGUCCGCUCAAUCGAUCGCGAUGGCCGGCCACCGCUCAUUGGUCGUCCAUAUUGGAUUGCCGUUGAUGCGUAGUCCGAGGGAUCCUCGGGGCUAGGGGGGAACGUCAAUUUCGCAAAGCCCGUGCGCUUGGAUGAGGAUGGGGCCGGCUACUGUCAAAAUCUGGCCAGAAAUGUGCACCGAUCGUGCAGGGAACAUUCAUAAGUGUGAUGCUCCCCGCUACAGUGAAAGAAAGAGUGGACCCGUGGUCAAAGUCCAGCGUUGUCGACCCUCUGCUUUGACGAAUCGACCUCGACCGCCGUCAAGAUCCGGACGCUUGCAGUGACUCUCCAACGUCCGGAACAUUCAUAACUAGGAAUGUAACGCUCUCUGAAAGAACGACCGCUGCCCUAGCAAUGCACGACCGCUGGGCUUUCUGUGCUUUGACGCGGUCUGUAAUCCUUCAAAUGCCGAACGGGCCUGAAGCCUUAUUCCCCCUACUGCAGCCCAGCACAGCAAGCCUCCUCCGUGACAUAUCACGCUUUUCCAUUGACAUUCCGGGCGGAGUUCGGCGACGCAAUCAGUCCUGCAGCUGUUUGCGCCUAUUUGAGCGACCACUCUCAACCCCAGAUUGCUUCACUGCUCACCCUCACGAUCUUCUCUACCACUUCUGUCCUCUCAUCGUCACAGCCUACGCCAUGCAGCCCAUUCCACAAUACAACACCCCGGCGUCGAGCGGCUGGCCCGCCGAAUCCUACCCUGUCCUGCCAAAUGCUGGCGGACAGUACCAGGACGGGAUGCACCUUGCAUCAUUCAAUCCCUACCCUUCUUACGACAAUGGCGCGCUCGACCAGCAGCAGAACAUCGGAAACGAUGGGACCCAGCCAUCGGCCUUCCCCUACCCUCCUUCGGUCCCCGGCAGCUUCAGCGAGGCCUGCCAGGGGCCCAUGCCCUCUCACGACGAGCAUCAACCGACGGACGAGAACACCUGGAACUUUCCCCAGCUCAACGGGCUCGCAGGUUAUCCUCUGGAUAACGCGUCCCUGGUGGGUGCUCCGCGAGACUACCAUGGCACCGGGCCCUCGACCUCCCUGAUCGCUGAUGCCUCUGCGUUCCCCAUCGACUUCCAGCCUCCAGCGCUUCCUGCAACCCAUCAGACUGCCUACCCGACCGAGGUACCGGGAUCAUUCAACCCCUUCGACUUGGAUCAAGUCCACGCUCAAGGAAUCGAAGGAUCUCUGCACCUGGGUGCUAGCUCGUUUGCCCAACUUCCCGCUGCCGACACAUCUAACACAGCCACCAUCGGGCCGAACGAGGCCUACUCGUUGACGUAUCUUCUCGGCGACACGGGCACGACGCUGGAUGAUAAUAGCAUCUGGCCCGCGUCCAACAUUCAACUGACAGGAGCAUCAAUCAGCUCCCACCACAUUCCUUCCACCACCGCCUCCAGCUCGCGGAUUCAAACCUCCGCUCCCGUUCCUUACUACCAUAUGGCUGCUCCGCGGGCCGACCGUCACAUGCAGUCCCCGUACUCAUUGAGUCCUCCCAGGACCCCGAUGGCUGGGAUGCCCUACAUGUCGCAUGCCAGACGCCUUGCUGUUCCCGGCCCUACUCCUCGCAUCCUUUCGGCCUCGGCCCCCCACACUCCUUUCUUGUCUGGCUUGCCACUCGCCUCUACGAGCGCGUCAUUCCCGGCUGGCGAUCUGGGCAACUAUCCCUUCGCCAAUCAAUACCCUCAGGCAAACACCCUUCAGCAAUCGACCACUGGAGCUCUUGCCAGUGCGCCUCCGCCGUCUGCUGCCGAUACCUGGUUCUCGCCACCGCUGGAGCCGGUCAUCGGGCCCCGACGGACGCGUGCCGGGGUUGCAAAGGCCCUGCUUCGAUCACAGAAGGCGAGCAGCAGCAGGAAGAGCAAGAUGAACGCGGCCAUGGCUGCCCAGACUGCGAUCGCGGCCGAGGCUGUCGAAGGUCAGGUCCAGCAGUCUGUCGAGAUGGUCCACUGCACGAUGCAUAUGGGAAGGGAAAAAGCGAUCUGCAAUCAGACUGUGGAGGUCACGAAGCUACCGAACCACAUCCGCGAACACCUGCUCGCGCACGUCGGCCCCGUUGCGAUCCUGCACGACGCGAACCCGGAGCGGCUGCACUGCUCGAAGAAUCUGAUCAAGAGGGCGGAUCUGGGCCUCACGUGUUUCUGGCCUGACUGCAAACACGAGUUCACAACUGUGCACCUGAACGACUACACCCGCCAUGUCGCGGACGUGCACUUUACGCUGCAGAAGAGCUGCAAGGCCUGCGGACAUUAUUUCACGCGGUCGACGCUCGCCCACCAUAGACGCCAGGGGGUCUGCUCGGCUCUGCAGCUGAGAAACCAGGAGGCCGGCCGACCGCGCGACGAGGCGGAUGUUUGAAUUUACCGUUUAUGACCUCUCAAGAACUAUGCAUUAUGACUUACUGACCUAUCUGCGAUACACCCCUAUUCCAUACCAUCCCGCGCGACACCUCAUAUCUACUCAUCCGGUGCCUGUAUCCGUAGCCCCUCUCAUUCCAUGUCUACAAUAAAGGUUUGUAUAGUUAAUCAUGUGUGUGAACUCUA